CGAAGCCCUCUAUUGUCACACAUCAAUUCUGUGUGGAAAAGGUAAUAAAUCAUAGAGAGAAAAACAUAACUUGAGAAAUUAAGAUGAAUCCCUUUGGUAUUCCAAUUACAGAUCAAACCUUGAAACAAAUGUCAAAAUACAGAGGGAAAGAAAUAACACAAGAAGAUAGAGCAAGAGAGGCAAUGAGAUUGAUCCACGCAGAAGACAAGAAUAUCAGCGCACUCCAACAUGCGCUAGAUCUCAAAUACAGCUAUGGUAAUGGAGUUGCCACAUUAUGCCUUAUUUAUAAUGGAACUGGAAAUACAGUUGAGCUUGUGGAGGAGAAGAAUUGGUCAGGUUAUAUCUAUAAAGAGACACCUCCAAAGUCUUUUCAAAAUGGCCAGUGGCUUGCCUUCCUCCACGUCCACCCAACCUCACAGGCUGUAGGCUCGAAAUCGGCUCGGGUGUACCGUGGCAAGAACAUCAAAGGCGAGGUUCGUGACUACAUGAUAUGUUGGAGCACCCCUUGGACUACGGACCAAAACUCGGCUUAUACUGAGGUCCGUGAAGAAGAUCACUUUCCCCAACAUUGGGAACUUAUUAGCACCUUGUUAAACAGGGCGCAAAAGAUAACACUGGACGACGAAGGCGACAAAUAUUGCUCAUCAGCUGUGAGUAUUGGUGGCAUCACUUCUCCAGAAUUCAUUGCCAUACUCAAGCACAAAUUUAGCCCCUUUCCAUGAGGAUAUGGUGCCUGGGUUAACACCUAUUGCUUUUGUAUCAGUACUAUAUCAACCUCCUAUUUGUUUUCCGAGAACUAUAGAUAUCUAAUAUUAACGACGUAGAUAUCUAAAUGUGAAAUACGAAAGUGGCAAGCUUCACUUCAACUGAAGUUAUUAAAAAAGUUACCACCAGAUUCCUGUUCCAAAUAUUUAGAUAUCUAUAACAGAUUUUAGAUAUCUAGCUAUGUAAUAUCUUUGCUAUUUUUUUUUGGUAUUUUCAUUUGUCUAAAUGUGUCGCAAGUGUUCCAGCAACAAUAAAUGACAACGAUUAAUGUAAUAUUGGUUCAGUUUGUACGCAUAUAUGGGAUACUAUCCUCGUGAUAAUUUUAUGGGAGGCAAAUAAAUUAUACUUGUCAACUUA